GGUGAGUGUUACUGACAGUAGGGAGUGAAUUGUACUCACAGUAGAAGACUUUAUUCUUGUAUCAAUCAGUAAAUCUAUGAUAAUCGUGUCGAGGUUGCAUUAUAUACAGUCACAGGAUAUAGAUCUACUAAUAUAUAAACAUCUUUUUUUUAAGACCUGGUCGACAAUGUCCAUGCAUUGAGGAAGGCAACAGAAAGUAUUAUUGGUGACAGAAUAACCAAAUUUACCAUUCAAGUUGACAGACCUCUGCUUUUCUCUAUCGCUAUGAAUCACUACAGUAACAAGUUCUCCAAGCCGGAACAAAUCCACGAAACUCCUAUGAUUAUUUUUAAGAACGAGGACAGCUUCGAUGCAAACGCACCGAGGAGGGAAUUUUACUCCUUAUUUUUCCAAAGCUGCCUUUUUGAGGAGAGAUUGUGGGUAGGACAAGGGAGGCGUCUGGUACCGUCAAAUGACAUCACCAUGACACGCGAUAAGCAGUUGUCUGCCCUUGGUGUGGCCAUUGUAGAAGCUAUAGUAAAUGGCGACUGUGGAUUCCCGUACCUGAAUGAAGCUCUUUACCACUUCAUAAUUGGAGACAACGAAUAUGAAAACUAUCUCAGGAUUGAUGAUAUCCCAGAUCAAGAUGUUCUUUACUUUACUCAACAGUUAUCGGCGGCUAGAACAGAUGAUGAGGUCAAACAGGUGGUGUGUUCAGAUGCUGGGGUUUGUAUGGAUGGUACGGGAUGGCCUGAGGGACAGACAGUCAAGAUGUCCGAUCGGGAGGCUUUAGUGCGACACAUGGCGAAGUGGAGUGUGAUAGAGAGACGGCGGACCGCCAUAGACCAGUUAAAAGAGGGACUUAAUUACAAGAAUUUUUUGAGCUCACUUAGGACGAACACACUGCUCAAAUGUCUGCUGGUAUUCUCGGGAGAGUACUGCGUAACAGCCAACUAUCUACGGAGGAUGCUGUCCCCCUCCCUAGUCAGCCUGAGAGUCAACGAUAAACACGAAGGGGAGGCAAAGAAACACUUCAAUAAACUCCUGGAAGAAAUUACAGAUGAAGAUGCUGGAUACUUGUUUUUCUUCAUCACUGGUGUCCUUGACCCUCCAAUCAAGGAAAUGGUCCUGAAUGUGACCUUUAACCCCAACCGGAAGAGGACGUUACCGGAAGCCACAGCGUGCAACAAUACCAUCAGUUUGCCACAAGGAAACGGUUCAUUUCAAGCGUUCAAGAAAAGUUUCAUUACUGCAAUCCAGUAUGCGCGUGUGGGAUUCGGGAAAACAUCUCAUAUGUAAAAGUGAAUGUACGGUCUUUAGAAGUCCAGGUGGAGGAUCUGCCAAGAACUGUUGACAAACUUUGAGUAAAAUGGUCGAUGAAGGGUUUAAUAAUUUGUAUCAAGCCUCAAUCAUACCUAUCUUUGUUAUUAGCCAAAACUCAUUAUGGUUGUUAAGAUAAACCCAUAUUCGUAUUUAGCAUAAACACUGUUUGUAAUGAGGAAAAACUAUGUUUGUAUCUUAAGUAUAUUCUGUUUGUAGUUAACAUAAACAUUUGUUUGUGAUAAACAUCACCCUUUUUGUGAUCUUUAUCAGCCCUUGUUUGGCAUAAACUCGUGUUUGUAAUUAAGGUAUACUGUUUGUUGUUAGCAACUUCUAUUUGUAAUUAGCAUACAAUCCAUCUUUAUUAUUAAGGUAUACUGCUUAAAAUAAGUUUAACCUUUCUUUGAAAUAAGCAUGUACAACUUUGAAAACCCCUACUUGUAAAUAAUGUAAAGUUUUUUGUAAUUAACGUAUACUGUUCAUAAUUAGCAUAAACCCUAACUUGUAAAUAGCAUUUGUUAUUAGUUUAAACUGUUUUAAUAGCGUAAACACCCUGGUUUUCAAUUAGCGCAAAACAUUUUUUUGUAAUAAUCAUUAAAAACUGAUUGUAAUUAGCAAUGAUGUCAACUGUAAAAGUAUGAGCGCAGUUAAAUAGAAAAUAAUCACAAUGAUUGUGUGAUCCUGGUUUUUGUUGUCGCCUGCGGCCAAGCUAGGUGUCUUGCUAUCAUCGUAUGGAAUUGUCUAUCACUUUGAUAACUAAAUAUGAUGCUACUCUUUCAUAAGAGAACUAUCUAUGUUACAUAGACGUAUUAAAUGUGAUGAAUUACAACUAUAA